CGUCACAUGAAAACAAAAACAAAAACGUUCGAAUCGCGCACCGGUAAACAGCGCAACCUCGACCCCGAAGAUGAGCACCUUCCCGGGCACCGUGCCGGAGCUGCCCGGCAUCGGGAUCGAUCGGUUCGACCAGCCGGUCCGGGAUCGGGCCACACUCUUCUUCCUGUCCCAUUGCCACGUCGAUCACAUGCAGGGCCUGCCGGACGCGGCGCCACUGCCCGGUCCGCUCUACGUCAGUCCGCACUCGGCCGUCAUUGUCGGUCUCCGGUACCCGCAGCACACGCUCGUCCCGGUGCCGGUCCGGGAGCAGCUGAGCCUCACCGUACGACCGCCGGCCGGUCCGGCCUACGAGCUCUGCGUCCGGACCGUGCCCGCUGAGCACUGUCCCGGCUCGGUGAUGUUCUACUUCGAAACGAAAACGGUCCGGCUGCUGUACACGGGCGACUUUCGGCUGUCGUCCGCCAGCCUGACCGCGAUCACCCGGUACCGGGUGCGGCCGACCAUCGUUUACCUCGACAGCACCUUUCUCGACCGGCGGUACGCGCACUUCCCAUCGCGGCAGGCCAGCAUGGACCGGAUAGUGGAGCUGUGCUCGCGCUGGCUGGCGCACGACCGGCGCAACGUGGUCGCACUGUGGCCACCGGCAUCGUACGGCUCGGAGGAGCUGUUCUGUCAGCUGGCGGGCCGGCUGCACCAGCGGAUACACGUGUACGCUGCCCAGCGCGAACCGUACAACCAUUUCGCGGUGCUGGAUGACGUCUUUACGGACGAUGCGGCCGGUGCGCGGAUACACGCUUGCCGGGGGAAAACGCUACAGCACGAGGGGGCGUGUCGGGCGGCGAAGCCGGAGGAGAAGCAUCCCGACUUCGUGAUGACGAUCCGCCCGACCGCGCGCCGCUGGUGCAACCUGCGCCCGGGGGAACCGUUCUGGCAGCAGGGCAGCGGCAAUCUGUGGUACGUGUGCUACUCCUCCCAUGCCAGCAGCACGGAGCUGGUCGACUUCCUGCGCAGCCUGCAGCCGGACGUGCGAGACAUUCGCUUCAGCGUGGUGGCGGACGAGCUGGAUCGGGUCGGGAAGGAAACGUUGCUGCGCUCGCUGCUGGAGCCGGCUGGCAACGAGCUGGUGCCGCCCGGGGAAGAACCGCAGCGGCUGCACUGCCUGCCGCUGGGUGCCUUUAAAGCCAAAGCAAAGCUCAAACAGGCGGCCGGCAAAGAAAGUGACAGUGAGACGGAGGGCGACCACGCGGAGGACGAUGAGUUACACCGACGGCCGAUGAAAAUGGCACGGCGAACGGGUUCGGAUUGAGAUGGUAGAUGGUAGAUAGGUAAUAGGUUAAUAAUUGUUUUAUAUAAUUAAAUACUGUUUUAUAAAAACGGAAUAAAUUCCAAUUCCGUUCCGCCUUUCAACUCGUGCUUGUUUGCAAUCAUUUCCAGAUGUGUUUGUUAUGAAGUUUGCGACUGUUCCGAGUGUCUAUGCCAGCUCGAAAAGUGUCCACUGCGUGGUGAAUCGUGGUCGAAAGCCUGUAAAGGCCGGGGCAUGUCCGUGUAGGAGGGAAACGCGUUUGUUCCCGAUACAGAGUAGUAAAAUUGUAAAGUAAAGUUGAUAUGGGUGUCAUUUUGAUAAGCAAUAGUUUUGAGCUGGAAUUGAAGUAGCGAAUUCUUACUUUUGAUGCUGUCUAAAGUCCAUAAAUUAGUACAGGUCGUUCAGUCCAGUUCAGAUGUUGAGUUUGCAGAGGAGUGCAAGGUGUCAUAUAAGCCCUUAGUAGUGUUGAGUUUCAUGAAUCUUUCGAUGAGUUUCAUUCAUUUGAAUCUUCAGUGAUGAGUGGCUCGAAUCUCGAAUCGAAUCUUAAAAGAUUCGUAAAUCUCUAAAGAUUCACAAAUCUUCAAAGCUUCAUGCGAGGCUUGAACCCACGACGGACAUGUUUUAGGUGGGAUUUAGGAAAUUCAAUAUUUUGAAAUCGUACAUCUUCAUUCACAAAGAUUCAUAAAUACCUGGAGAUAUAUGAAUUUUAAUGGAUUUAUAAUUUUUUUCUAUUCAAGAAUUUUUGAGAUUCAUCAAUCUUUUCAA